AUGCCCGUCACCAAGCAAACCCAUCUUACUGCUCUCGCCCAUGACUCCCUGAGAGUCGCUUCGAUUCAGUCAUCCGUUGCUGGCGUCCCCUAUGGCAAUGAUUCAGUACUCCUUGGGUCACAGGUCUCCAUCCCCGCAAGGAUCGGGCUCUAUAUCGGCACUGCAAACUACGUAAUCACAGUUGGCUUCGGCACUCCAACGAGAACGCAGACAGUCAUCUUUGAUACCGGCAGCAACGUGAACUGGAUACAGUGCAAGCCGUGCGCUGUAACCUGCUACCCGCAGCAGGAGCCGUUGUUUGAUCCCACCCUCUCGUCCACCUAUCGUAACAUCACCUGCGCCGCUCCCGCGUGCCUCGGACUUAGCAGCAGAGGUUGCUCCGGCACCACCUGCCUCUAUGGGGUGACCUACGGCGAUGGCUCCUCCACUGUAGGAUUUCUUGCCACGGAUACUUUCACGCUGACGUCCACCAACGUGAUCAAUAACUUCAUAUUUGGGUGCGGCCAGAACAAUCGGGGGCUGUUCCGGGGAGCCGCCGGGUUAAUCGGGCUCGGACGUAGUCCCUAUUCGCUGAAUUCGCAGGCGGUCAGCACCCUGGGCAAUAUCUUCUCUUACUGUCUCCCUUCCACAAGCAGCUACACCGGCUACCUCAACAUCGGCAAUCCGCUGAAAACUAACGUUGCUUACACGCCAAUGCUGACAAAUACACGCGCGCCUACCCUCUACUUCAUUGACCUUAUUGGAAUUACCGUAGGUGCGACACAGCUUGCCUUGUCGCCGACCGUCUUUCAAUCUGUAGGGACAAUCAUAGACUCUGGGACGGUCAUCACUCGCCUUCCCCCUACGGCGUACAGCGCACUUCGGACGGCCUUCCGCGCAGCCAUGACGCAGUAUCCACUGGCUGGAGCGGCAAGUAUACUGGACACUUGUUAUGAUCUCCGUAACGUGGCGACCGUGACAUAUCCUGUGAUCAAGCUCCGGUACACCGGUCUCGAGGUCACUCUUCCGGCGACAGGGAUAUUCUACGUCAUCAGCGCCGCACAGGUCUGCCUGGCGUUCGCUGGAAACUCGGACUCCACUCAGAUCGGGAUCAUCGGCAACGUUCAGCAGAAGACGUUUGAGGUGACUUACGACAACGUUGCGAAAAGGAUCGGGUUUUCGACUGGGGCUUGCAGCUAA